CCUAACACGUCCUCCAGAUCAAAACUGGUGAUCUAACGUUAGGUCGUGUGUCUUCUGCCGGUGUUGUCCUUGCCAAUUUUAGGACUAUAAUCAUGGUUUUCGAAAACAAAAUGUUAAUGAAUGGGGAGCCUGAUGAUGAGGUGUAUGUUGCACCCCACUAACGUUGUCACUGACCAGGAGGAAGAGGCACCGGCAGAGGAAGAAGAAGAGGAGGAGGAAGAAGACAUGGUGGAUCCCUUAGAAACAAUACGGGCAAAGUGUGAGGCGUCAGAGCACUGCGCCCACACAAGGGAGAGGCUGGAGGCCUGCACGGCUCGAGUGGGCUCAAGAUCACACACUGAGGAGGAAUGCACAGAGGAACUCUUCGACUUCCUACAUGCACGGGACCACUGUGUAGCGCACAAGCUCUUCCACAACGUCAAAUGAACUUGUCAAUUCCAGUAGUUUAUUGCAGCUGUGGAAUCUGUUUUAAAUAGUACAGAUGUGCAGUGUCAGGGAAGGCUUGAGACCAGAGCCUGUGUUCUACCCAUGAAUGUUAAUACAUCUUGUUAAUAGUUUUUUUCUGGACAAAAUACAGUUCUGUAAACACCAGCAACCUGAGCCAUUACACAUAUGUACAUUUUAGACUGUGUAUGGCCAACUUGCUGCUUGUAUUGGUGAUUAAUGCAAACUUCUCAGAUCUUUGUGGCCAGUGAAUGAAGACUGGCCAGGUGACUAACCACUCAGGAGUUUUACUGCAUUAAAAUUCCAAGCACUGCA